CUACGAGCACCUGCAGUCUGACUACAUUCAGGUGAUAGAAAAAAAAAACCAGCAGAAAACAUUUCUAAGCGGAUACAAAGCAUUGAAGAUGAGCGGUGGAGGCGGAUCAAAAGAUGUUCCCGGAAUGUCAAUGAUGUCGUUUGUUUCUCAAGAUGAAAUAGAUAGCGUUAGGAAAAAACGGCAAGAGGAAUGGGAAAAGACACGAACAGAAGAUCAACCUUUAGAAUGUCCCGAGGAAAUUGUGGACAAUCGAUCCUUAUUUGAGAAACUACAGGAACAAAAGAUGAGGCAGCAGGAAGAAUAUGAGGAAACACAUAAACUGAGGAACAGUGUCAAGGGUUUAGAUGAAGACGAGGCAGGAUUUCUCGAAUAUGUGUCAAAAAAUGAAAUGGACAGAUUAAAGGCACGACACCAGGAAGAAAAGGAAAUCUUGAAAGAAAUUGAAGAAGCAUCAGUUUCCAAGGUAACAGAAACAAAGAUAUCUGAUGAAAGAAAACUUCCAUCGAAACCCCAGAUCGGUGCUGCUCAAAACAAAAAAUCUCAAAUGUCUUUAUUAGCAGGUGCUGUCAAACGGAAAGGAUCUGAUGCUGUUGAAGAUGGAAAGAAAAGGAAGCUUUCACCUGAUAAUGAUCCUGCAACAGAUUCCCCGUCACCUGCGUUGAAUGGUGGAUGUGACAGGGCAAGGAUAAUUGGCAUUCUACCUGGACUUGGUGCCUACAAUAACGAUUCAAGUGACUCUUAUUCAUCAAGUGACGAUUCUGAUAUUGAUCUCAGACUUACUGCACAGAAAAAAUAUGUAGUAGUGGAUAAUGAAUGAUAGUUUUUUUUGUUUAUUUUAUCAAAUCAAUGGACAUGCAAAUAGCCCUGGAUUACAUCAUGGGAAAAAAAUAUAUUCAUAAAAAAAAAAAAAAAGAAUUUUGGUUUUUUGUUAUCAACAUACUGCAGCAUUGGACGUCAGUCUGUCGACUUUUUCUAUGAAUCGUUACAAGUCAUGAAUAACAAAGCAGAUUUUCACCAAAGUUUGUUCGAGGCAUCGUUGGGGGGAGGGGAAUUAAUUUUGUAUAAAUGGUGGGUGGCAGCCUCAGGGGCUGAAGAGGUAUAUACUGAUAGGGGAAAUAGAGCAAAUGAUUUAAAUCUUAUUCCUCCUGUUGUAAUGAUGUGGUUUGAAGUGUGAAUGAUUUGGCAAACCCACUAGGGACAUAGGGUUUGGAUCCACUAAAAAAAAUAGACGUGUUCCAUGCUUAUGUAAUUAGAAUUACUUUUUCCUUUAAGUUAAUGGCAAUUAAAUCCUCAGUUACAGCCAAGCGAAAUCCAUGUGAGCAAUACAGGUCCCAGGGGCCUAUUGUUGACUUCUUAAAACCCUCUGAACUGAUUUCAUUGAAACUAAGCUAAACCUUCAAUAGCCAAAGGUAAACCAAAAUUGUAAAUGUUCCCUACCGAAGGGGCCUAAGGGGCAGAGCCAAUAAAGGUCAUAUUGACUGUGUAUUUUAAAGCCUUCUCAAUACCUAAAUAUGGUAGAAUCACAUACUCUUCAUUGGUGGAAGGGGUUAAAGGUGCUUUACUAAAAUUAUAACUUUCAUCACCCCAGGGUCUCCUGUCUUCCCCUGAGAAGGUUGGAACUUUACUAUAGUUUAUUUAUCAAAAUUACAUUUUUGACCAUGAUUUGUUUAUUAGGGCCCUGCACAAGAUGCAGGUGCCCUAUAGUAAUCGGUUUCUGUUCCAUAUCUCAAAUUCUGUUGGACAAAUGGCACUCAUCCUUGAAGAAGUUGCUUGCUUGGUGUAUGCAGCUUUUCACCUCCAAAGGCUAAAGUUCAAGGUCACUAUUGCUAUAAAUAGAAAAUCUCUUCUAGAUUUUGCUUUGGCCAAUCCAACACAAACCAUUUUGUGGAAUAUCUCGAGUUUGCUGUAGCCAGUCUAACUCAAACUUGAUGCAAUGCUUCUUAACCAAAAGUGCUUGUUUGAAAUAGAUUGCCGUGCAGGUUCAAAGGUUAGGUUAAAACUAGUUUCUGUAUGAUAACCUGAGUUUGCUUUGCCCAAUCUAAAUCAAACUUCAUACAAUGCUUCCUUACCAAA